CACUAGAUUACACUUGUAUGUGCACUCGAACAUAGCCAGUCUGUUGUUGCCAGAAACAUCUGCAAGUCGAAAUGUUCAAGAAAAUGGGAUUAUGUGUUGUUCUAUUAUUUGUUGUAUCGUUGUUUACCGUGGCUCUGUGUUUCCAGGAAGAUGACGUCAUGAAGCCAAUCAGAAUGGCUGAGAAUAUGAACAGAGAGGAGAGCUUGGUUCUGCAGCGAAUAAAAAGACAGCUUUUCAGACCAGGUUUUGCACCAGCGAGAGCACAGGCACGAGCGCCAACAGUGAUUGUAGUUCCUGAAAGGGGUACCGCGAACUAUCCAAUGUAUGGAAAUGUUCCCAUGUCCCCGUACAGCGUUAAUAAUCCCAGCAGAGGGACGACGGUGGUCGUCAGCCAAGUACCAGAAUAUAAUUACAACGGUAUUGGUCGAACCUACGGCGUUGUGCCUGCCCUAUAAGGAUAUACAAUAAUAUUCGUACUUAGUAUAUAUUCG